AAUAGGUAUAUAAGAUAGAAGAAGAAGAAGCAGACUUUUUUUAAUCUGGUUCUUUUUGUGAUGGUUCUAUGUUUGGUGUUUGCUGAAUAACCCAGAAGUUAUUUAUAGGGCCUGUGGGGAGGCACCUCUAACAGGAUAAGAGGCAAAAGUCACACUUUCUACCAGAGUCAUUCCCCACAACUUCCUUUGUUUAACUAGUGAGAAAACAGGGUCAUGAACAUAGUUUAUCUCAGCUGAGGACUUUGUGGAAACUAAACAUGUUCAAGCAGGAAUAUAGAUGGAACUCAGAAGGCUGAGGAGAUACGGAAAUCUGUGUUUUUAAUACACACUCCCCGUGACCCUGUUGUAAGUAGUCCACCCUUAAGACUUUUCAAUAAACAUUGAUUUAGCACUUAAUCCCUAUGUGGUUUGGAGCAAAUGGUUUAGUCUCUAACACCAUUUCCUUGCAUAUACAGUGAGCCGAUUACUCUAUCCAGAAGAGAAUUAUGAUGAUCUUUGAAGUAAUAAUAUAAAAUAUUGGUGAGAGCAUCAACCGCAUGAUACUAAAAAAUGUUAGUUUUAUAGCUCUGUGCAUGACAAAUCUGCUCUUCAGUUUAUUUUGGACUGUUCUUAAGGGAAUAGAUUUCUGGGUUACAGGAAAACAACAAAAUUUAUUUGGCAUUUUUAUUUUAAAUAACAAGAUAUUGGCCUUGUGAGAUGAGAAGUCUUGGCUCCCCCACCCCCUUUGGAGAUGGGGAUUCAAGGCUGAACUUCUGGUAUGAAACUAUCUAUUUGCACAAAACAACUGGGGGCUAAUAAUUCAGAAACUAUCCAAACAUCAACCCUAUGUCUGAACGUUAAUGUUUUUCCUCUCUUCAGCAUAUUUAUAUAUUACUACAACACACAGCUUUAGAGGGAACAUAUUUAAUGCCCAGCUAAACAUAUACAGAAGGUGAGACCAAUCUGUACCUAAAAAAUCAAACUGUACCUACAACGUCUCUUUUUUCCCUUAUACUCUUUCGUGCCUGAAGCAUAUAGUGAAACAAAAACAACCCAGAUUCUAUGAUCAGAGCACUCCAUUUCAAACACUCAGCAUGAAAUCAGCUAAAUGGACUUCUCUGUGCCUGAGUUAGAGCCAACUUACCCUCCUGCUUCACAGAACUGUAGUAAGGAAGCAAUACCUUGAUCUGGCUUUAAAAUAGUUUUUAAGAACCCAAUGAAUAAUAAACAGUAAAUAUUUAAAACAAACAAGAACAGAACACUACAUGUAGCACAUGGGUUUUUUUUUUUUGUUGGGAGAAACCAAUGGCUCUCUUGCAGAAAUUUCCCUGAGAGUGGAUUGUCCUGGGAAAACACUAUUCAAGCUUUGAUUUCAGUGCUGCUAAAAUGAGAAGAGAAACUGGAAAAUGAGUAGUAGCUGGUGAAGUCUGGCUCCUGAGAUUAGUUACAGUAUUAUUUGGUGGUGUGGCUUCUUCCUCUUUUCUCCACCUGGUAGAGCUUAGAAUAUGCAGAGGGUUAUCUGGAGUUCAGUCACUCUGUUUUCAGGCCAGGAACACCACAGGAAAUGUUGGCAGAAUGUGCUGGUCCAUUUUCAUUUGUCUCUAAUGACCCCACCAGCUACUCCUUAUGUCUCAGGAAGCUAAACACAAAUGAAUACAUUUUCCGGGCAAACUGAGCCUCUGAGACACAUGGGGAAUGGUCAGAAGUGUAAUUCAGAUCCCUUGUGUGUCUUAGAUUGAUAAAGCUUGAUGAUCUGUAUCCCAGCCCUUCGCUGUAGUGAGGCAGACCACGAAGUCCCAGUGAACAUUCUCCUUACUGCUUUAGGCCAUAGGGUGACAGCAGCCUUGUAGUACAUAUGUCAACAUUGAUUGCCUUCUUUCUUUCCUAUUAGCCUUUUCCAAAACUGUAGUCCUAUUAGUAAGUUCCCUUAUAUCACCUCUUGAAUGUGCCAUUUGUGAUGAAGAACAGUUGAUCCAGUGAGACUCUAAAAAAUAAAAGAACAUGCAGUUUUGCAAGUUGUAUGGAGUAUACAUAAUUGAGAAAUGACCUUUGGAAAUAAGGACAAGUAGCCUAGAAAUGAACGGUGUCUAAGAGGUCAGAUUUCUCAGUACAAAUGCUGUAGUCACAGGAUGUGAAUAAACUGGUCAUCUACCCAUUAAAUAAUUGAUUCCUCCUGCAAGAGCAAAGUUACCUCUGGAUAAUGCUGCCAGGAAAACCCAACCUUCAAGUCCAAUAUGGAAAUGCAAUGGAUAGAGAUGGCUAUGAUUCCCAACACUCCCAGAUUAUGGCUUUCAAGAAGCAAGUGUGGAUUCUUCACCUUCUCUUUCCCUUUCCCAUCAUGACUCCAAUAUUCCAGAAGAUGAAAGAAACCCAGGCACCUUUUGGGAGAACUAGUAUCUCUGGGUACAAACUAUGAGGGAGAUCUAAAUGUUGCCAGUGUCGACUGGUAUUUUGAAGUUUACUUAUAUUAACAGUCAGUAUUACCCUAAUCAACAGACUGAUUGGAAAUAAAUUUAGGGAUGAAAUCUCUCCUAAGCUUUCUUGUUUGGAAAUCCAAAAGCUAUGUACAAGUUGAUUUGUCUAGAUUUAAUGGCCUUUAUCUUUAUUCGCUGCAUCAUCUUUGUGCUUCAUAGUUUAUACCAAAUAGAAGUUCAUACUGUGCACCUUAUCUCCAGCAUCUGAAACCAUGUGGAAAUCAGAGCAACAGUUUAAUUUGGUAGUAGCUAUUUUGAACUCAAUAAUUCUCAUUUCUUCAUUAUUGAGUUAUGUUUCAGUAUAAGCUUCAAAAGUUCCACUUUCUGGAUGAUGAACAUCCUUAAUCCCUGUUGCAUUUUACCACUGUGAAAAAGUAGCCAGUUCCAUUUCUUGUAUCAACCUACUCCUAACUACAACCGAAGUUCUUUGUGCCAGGCUCCUAUGUAGACUGCUUCACCACUUCAAGCACCUUCAGCAUGCAUGAGGAAGAAAUAUAUACCUCUCUUCAGUGGGACAUUCCUACCUCAGAGGCCUCUCAGAAGUGCCCAUCCCCUAGCAAAUGUUCAGGAGCAUGGUGUGUUGUGACGAUGAUUUCCUGUGUGGUCUGUGUGGGCUUGUUAGCAACAUCCAUUUUCUUGGGCAUCAAGUUCUUCCAGGUAUCCUCUCUUGUCUUGGAGCAGCAGGAAAGACUCAAGCAACAGGACACAGCAUUGGUGAACCUUACACAGUGGCAGAGGAAAUACACACUGGAAUACUGCCAAGCCUUACUGCAGAGAUCUGUCCAUUCAGGCACAGAUGCUUCUACUGGACCAGUUCUUCUGACCUCUCCACAGAUGGUUCCACAGGCCCUGGACAGCAAGGAAACAGGUAGUGACUGCAGCCCUUGUCCACACAACUGGAUUCAGAAUGGAAAAAGUUGUUACUAUGUCUUUGAACGCUGGGAAAGGUGGAACAUCAGUAAGAAGAGCUGUUUAAAAGAGGGCGAUAGUCUCCUUCAAAUAGAGAGCAAAGAAGAAAUGGAGUUCAUCAGCAGUAUGGGGAAGCUCAAAGGAGGAAAUGAAUAUUGGGUGGGAGCGUUUCAAGAUGGACUUAGUGGAUCUUGGUUCUGGGAAGAUGGCUCUUCUCCUCUCUCUGACUUGUUGCCAACAGAGAGACAUCGAUCAGCCAGCCAGAUCUGUGGAUACCUCAAAGAUUUUACUCUCAUCUCAGAUAAGUGCAAUGCCUGGAAAUAUUUUAUCUGUGAGAAGAAGGCAUUUGGAUCCUGCAUCUGAAAGAUACAACUCAAAGCUACCUGUUACACAAGUGUUUGAAAGAGGCCAAAGAGCAAACGCAGGAAGAGAUUGAUGUGAGACUAUGAAGGCAAGCUUGCUUUUUAUUUACAUUUGGCAAUAUUCUGUAACGCUUUGCAGAUUCCAGUUGACCUUGUCCAUUGUGCCAAGGAGAAAAUUGAUUUAGAGCUACAGAAGACCUGACUCGGUGAGAACAAAGAAGAGAAAAUAAUUUCCUGUGUGUUUGAAAGUCCAAAGUGACGAUCCAUACCACACCGAAAUCUAGCUGUCCUUGUGGGAGUUUUUACGUAAUCCUUGGUUUGUACUUUUAGUAAACAAUUCUAUCUACUAUACUUACAACUGACAAAAGUUUCUUCAGGUCAGCUUCCAGUAAUUAUAGAUCAUAAGAUCACACACUGAGAGGAGAGAGAUGGAUUUCUAAACUGUAGUAUUACCACCAAUCAUACGCCAGGGGUCCUUUGGCUCUAGGUAAAAAUAAGUAGAAUGGGGACCUCCAGUGUUUUCAAUCUUCCUCUGAGGCCCAGGGCCUGGGGGAUGACCUCACAGAUAUAGAGAUUUACAGUUUCUAACCCUUGGAGCUAGGGGGCUAUUGCUCCGGGAUCUGAGUGCUCAGGUUGAAGGCUUAUAGCUUUUCAUUUUAAUAACUACUGGCUCUGGGUCUUGGCAGCUUUUACAAUCCCUAACCUUUAGCAGCAAUAUCAGACAGCGGUCAGUAGCAGCAAGCAGCUCCCACUAGUGUUAUAAUUCUUGGAUGGCUUUAGGGUGGUGGGGCAUUAACUCUGCAGUGACGACUAUUACAGUCCUCUGGUCUAGAAUGCAGGAAUCUCCCAUCAGCCCUUGUUACAUCUCUCAGAAUAGGUUUUCUGUGACCCUUGGUUCCAAAGACUGCAACUGCUUGGCACUCUUCCAGGUCCCCAAGCCCAUGUUUCUCCUUCCUGGUUGGCCACAGUCUUCUGUCUUUACUCAGCCUUGCUUUUCUGCCUUCUCUCAUUUCUCUGACUCUACCAUUCCUCAGUCUCUCUGUUUCUGCUGCCCAUCCUUUCUGCCAUGGUCCCUCUCUGGAAUUUUUCAGGUGUUCUCUUGUCUCUCGACUGCCACAGUGACUGUUGUCACCACUAGAGCUGCUUGCUUGCCUUUGCUCCCAUCUGUGCUUCUGCAUCUUCUCUUUGUGUUAGCAGCUCAGGCCACUCUUCUAAUGCAGGACAAAGGAGGCUAAAAAGGACCAUUUGGGAAGUCUUUUAUUGGUGCUAAUGUUUCAGCAUCAGGAGUGUCAGAGGAGGGGGUGUCCUGGCUGACUUUAAAACUGAACCAAACAGCCCAUUUAAUAGAUAAGAAGAGGGUGUAGUGCGCAGGUGUCUGCACCUUCACAGUAGCCCUUCAAGGACUGUGUUUGCACCAGUCACAGCACAGACUCUUGUUUACACAGUCACAGAUUUUCCCUAGGUUCAUGGUUGGAAGUGCUCCCUCUCUGGCCUGAAUGAGAACAACUGCAAGACAGGCUGGACCUUGGGCAAUUUGCCAAAAGGCUUCCCUUGCUUAGAGUGCUGUUUUCCAUAGGCUAUUCCAGUUGUGGGAGCAGUCACAACUGGAGCAUGUCUUCAGCCGUGGGGUGGUGGUAUUCUUCAGUAGCUAGAGGGGCUUCAGAGUAAAGUGCCCAAACUGCUGGCUGGACUGUCAUGAGGGCAGUCUGGCCAGAUGUUAAUAAAGAGGCUGCUUGGCUGAUAGCUUGAAUUCACAUUCACAGACAAUAAAAGUGUGUUUACAAUAAAUACUUAAUAAAACCCCAGUAAAUGACAAUUCGAAUAGCACUUAACAGUACUUAAUAAAAAUGAACAUUUAACAGGGUUUAACUUCUGCCCCAAAGCUGUAGAGUCAUUGAGUCCCUCUGAUCUGCCUCAGAAGGAACCAGGGCAUUUUCUGUCCAUGGUGUUGGACUGUGUUUUUCAGACUGCAGAGUUCUGCUGGGAAAGGAACUCUUUGAAUUUCACAUUGGGAAGGAUUAUUGUGGACAUCAGCAUGUCCCGUUGUGUAGGUGGAGCCUUCCAUCCUAUUGCUCACAGAUCAAACGGCUCAGUCUGCGCUGACAAGAAGAACAACCUAGUUCCUCUAACUGCCUGUGUCUCAACCUUCCUGCUAUAAAACUGUAAUACGAUUCACUUCAAAAUACUGCUUAAGAACACCAUCCAAAUAUUACAUGCAAACUAUAAAAAAUGAUACUUUAGAUAAGAAAAGGUAAAUGAAAAUGAGUGCUAUCUACCAGAAGAAAAAUUAGCUAAUUAUGGUUAUCAUGUUCUGUACUUAUCAUGUGUCAUCUCUAAAUCAUACUACAUAACAUGCUCUUAAUAAAUAUUUGAUAAAUUCAGUAUGAUUGUAUCUAAUCUUUUAUUCUGACAAA